AAAUAUUAAAAAAUAUUGAUGCGUCAUUUACAUGAUAAAAGUUGAAAGGAAUACUUUUGUCUUAAAAAGAAACGUAAUAAAUACCAGACUUCCUCGUUCAAAACUUUUUGCAUCUCUCUCGUCCACCUUUCUUCCAGCUCAGAACAAUCCCCUUCUCUCUAUCUGAAAUUACCAUCCUUAACAAUCAGAGAUAAACAAAACCUGCACAGAUCGCCUUCUUGAUGAUCAAUUUUACCUGAUGCCAGCUUUAGAUGACGCCGGCAACGAAGAAUUGCCGUCUGCGGCGGAGAAAAACCUCUUCGGAAAAUACGAGGUCGGUCGGCUCCUUGGCUAUGGCGCCUUCGCCAAGGUCUACCAUGCGAGGGAUGUGCUCACGGAGCAGAGCGUCGCCAUUAAAGCCAUCAACAAGCAGAGGAUUAUGAAGGGAGGUCUCGCCGCCAACGUAAAACGUGAGAUCUCUAUCAUGCGCAGGCUGCGCCACCCUAAUAUCGUGCGCCUUCUGGAAGUUCUGGCCAACAAGAAGAAAAUCUACUUUGUGUUGGAAUAUGCGAAAGGGGGGGAGUUAUUUGCGAAAGUAGCGAAAUCACGAUUCAGCGAGCAUCUCAGCCGUCGGUAUUUUCAACAACUCAUCUCCGCCGUUGGUUACUGCCACUCACGCGGCGUAUACCACCGUGAUUUGAAGCCGGAAAACCUACUGUUGGACGAGAACUGGAACUUGAAGGUAACCGAUUUUGGAUUAUCAGCUCUGACGGACCAGAUCCGACCCGACGGACUCCUCCAUACGUUGUGUGGAACACCUGCUUACGUGGCACCGGAGAUUCUAUCGAAGAAAGGUUACGACGGUGCGAAGGUGGACAUCUGGUCAUGUGGCAUCAUCUUGUACGUCCUCAACGCCGGUUAUCUUCCGUUCAACGAUCCGAAUUUGAUGGUGAUGUACCGGAAAAUAUACAACGGCGACUUUCGUCUUCCUAAAUGGACGUCGCCGGAUCUCAAACGCCUUCUAUCACGUCUCCUCGACACGAAUCCUGAAACGAGAAUCACCGUCGAUGAAAUCAUCAACGAUCCUUGGUUCAAAAUCGAUUACAAACAGGUAGAAUUUCAUUGCGAUCAUCUCGAAUUGAAAGACGACGACGACACCGCCACCGGUAACAAUUUGAAGGUGAUGAACGCUUUCGAUAUAAUCUCUUUCUCCUCCGGCUAUAACCUCUCCGGCCUACUCGACAAUCAAGAAAUCGGAGAACGGUUUCUAUCGACUGCUUCGCCGGAAAAAGUCAUCGAGAAGGUGGUGGAAGUGGCGGAGGCGGAGGGAUUGACGGUGGUUACAAGAAAGGAGUGGUGUGUGAAGGUUGUAGGAGGGUAUAGUUGUAAUUUCGUGAUGGCGGUGGAGUUAAGACGAUUAACAGAGGAACUGGUGGUGGUGGAGGUUAGGAGGAUAGAGGGUGAGGUGGGGCCCAGUCGACGAAUAUGGAAGGAUAAAAUUAGACCGGGUUUAAGUAAUUUAAUUUAUCAAACCGGUUCGGCCGAUUGUCGAUAAUUUAAUUAUCAAUUAUUGGCCCAAUUUGCUUC